UUAAUUAUUGAAACUGUUUUGCUCGUCGUGGAUCGAAGUCUGAUUUAUUUUCGUUCUUUACAAAACAGUUGUCAGGCUUUUAACUUGUGAUCAAAAAUUUAUUUAUUGUGUGAUUAAAUGAAAAUUUAUUUAUUAAAACUGAUUUUUGUGAAUAACAAAAAAAAAAUAGUAAAUUUAUUUUAAUAAUUUAAUAAUUUCAGUGAUUGUGUGUCGAAUGGAAUUUGGAAAAAAAGAAUUUUUCAUACCGGAAAUCAAGUGGUUUUUUUCUUCCACUAGUCGAGAAGGAUUUAUUGAAAAAUUUGAAAAGAAAUUAUUGUAAAGUGCACGAUAGGGUCGAUGACACAAUGAUUUAAAGGCUACUAAUAUCAACAGUGAAGGAAGUAUUUAUUUACUAAAAGCAAUAACUCAACGUGAUUUGAAUCAUUACAAGAUUACCUCAUUAUUAUGAUUAUAUUAAAAAAGGUGAUUUGAAGAAAAAAAAAUGUCAUUUAUUGUGAAUUUAAAUGACGAAAUGGAGAUGAAUUUAACGAAUAGUAUAAAAUAUUCAAUGGAAAUGGAUCUUCCAAUUGAUAUGCAAUUUAAUGAUGGACAUGUCGUUAGUAUCAUAACAUAUAGUGUACUUAUGGUGAUAUCAGCAAUAGGAAAUUUAACAGUUUUAGUUCUUAUUUGUCAAAGAAGAAGGACAUCUAGAACAAGAAUUAAUACAAUGUUGAUGCAUUUGGCAAUUGCAGAUUUAUUGGUAACAUUUUUGAUGAUGCCACUUGAAAUUGGAUGGGCGAUUACUGUUUCAUGGAAAGCAGGAGAUGCAAUGUGUAGAAUUAUGGCUUUUUUCCGAAUGUUUGGCCUUUAUUUAUCGUCCUUUAUUCUCGUUUGCAUAAGUGUCGAUAGAUAUUAUGCGGUAUUAAAACCAUUACAACUUGUUAAUAUUCAAAGAAGGGGAAAAAUAAUGCUUAUCGGUGCUUGGAUGGGUUCUGUCAUUUGUUCGACGCCUCAGAUGAUAGUAUUUCAUGUAGAAACUCAUCCAAAUAUCACCUGGUAUCAACAAUGCAUUACAUUCAAUACGUUUCCAAGUUUUACACAUGAAUUAACAUAUUCACUAUUUGGAAUGUUAAUGAUGUAUUGGGUUCCAUUGACGGUGAUCAUUUAUGCGUACACCAGUAUUUUAAUUGAAAUUUUUAAACGUUCCCGUGAUUCUGACGCUGGUAAGAAUAGAUUAAUUACACUCAGCUCGAAAGUAGACGAUUUGUAUAAAAUUCGUCGAUCAUCAUUGGGAUUUCUUGGAAGGGCAAGAAUUCGUACACUUAAAAUGACAAUAAUUAUUGUUCUUGUUUUUUUUGUUUGUUGGACACCAUAUUAUGUCAUGAGUUUAUGGUAUUGGGUCGACAGAAGUUCUGCGAUAAAAGUGGAUCAAAAAAUACAAAGGGCACUUUUUCUAUUUGCUUGUACAAAUUCUUGCAUGAAUCCAAUUGUUUAUGGAGUUUUCAACAUUCGUAAGAAAAAAAAGGCGCCGGUUCGAGCGGGCACCAUAGAAACAAGGGCAACUCCACUUUCACUCUCUGUGAAACUUCUUGGCUGAAAGUCUCAUAUUUUUAAAUAUAAAUAUGUGUAUAUUGACAAGGAAAGCGAUUUUUUUUUUAGUUUCAUCGAAAUUCUAUUUUUGGAAUUUUUGAUGUCUUUGUUUAAAAAAAAAGAAAAAAAAAAAGAAAAAUACUCAAAAUGAUCUCAGAAAUAUUUUAUACUCUUUAAAAAAAAAAAAUAGAAACAGUUGAUUGCCUGAUUUUAUAUUUUUUUUUUAAAAUAAUAGAUAGCAAUGUAAUAUAAUAUUAUUUAUAUUAUUUAACUAAUUUAGUAAAAAAAAAUAAAUCUUAUUUAUUUUA